CUGUCAUCGUCAAUGCCAUGCUGGGCGUCAUCAUGAUGACUCGGAUAUACGCGAUGUAUCAGCGAUCCAAAAAGAUGCUCAUCUUUCUCGUUGUACUUUUGCUGGCUUCUACUAUCGCUACCGGAGUGAUGACCGCAAUAGGAGACAGCUAUGUUUCAGGGGAGGAAAUAAUACUCUCUGGCAACUCUCAGUGUCUCACCGGUUAUGCUAACUUAGAAGCUAUGCAACUGACUCGCGAGACUUUGAUACCCACUCUUAUAUGGGAGAUCCUCGCCCUGUGUCUUGCACUUUGGAUUGUUAUAAAACACUUCUGUGAAGUGCGACAGAUGCCGACAGGAGGAGACUCUUUUAUGGUGCUAAUAAAGGGCCACGUGCUGGACUUUGUGGCUUUUGUUGCGGUGUCUUGCUUCAACAUUGGCUCGUUGUCUCCAACGCUCAUGGACUCAUCUUCCGUGGCAAGUACUAUAUAUUUUGGCAUUCUUCAAAUUGCCCAGCCCAUUCAGAUGUUUGUGCUGGGACCGCGUCUCAUCCUUGGCAUUCGAGAAUAUCAUGCUAAGCUUGUGGCCAGCUCCGACGAGGGCACUGGUAUGAGCACAAUUGCUUUCCAGGAGCGCGGACACGUAUCAACGGGCAGUAGUGUUUAGCGCGCGAAAUGAUCGAAGUUAUCUGGCUAAAUUCUUUAUGGACAUGUGGUAUCACUUUUGACCUUCGUCGUACGUGGUAUUUAUGUGGAGGAUAGGCAAAUCAAUAUCAGGCCGCAGCGCGCACCACUGCAAACAGGGAACAGGGAAGCUGCACAAAGAUCAUUGCAAACGUUCGGUGCACCGACUUCAUAGUCUAUGUCUUUCCAUUACACGUUACAGAUCAAUUUACUAUUGUCAUCGAGUGUCGAAUUCGAAUCACGCUGUUUUCAAAUCG